GAUGGCGGAGCCGAGCGGCGGCGGCGGCGGCGGGCCGGGCCCCGGCGGGCCGGAGCUGGGAGGUCCCGGCGGGGCCCUCAUCCGCGUCACGGUGAAGACCCCCAAGGACAAGGAGGAGAUCGUUAUCGCGGACGGCGCCUCCGUGCGCGAGUUCAAAGAAGAGAUUUCCAGGCGGUUCAAAGCCAAACAGGAUCAGCUGGUUCUGAUCUUCGCUGGGAAGAUCCUGAAGGAUGGAGACACUCUGAAUCAACACGGGAUCAAAGAUGGGCUGACCGUGCAUUUGGUCAUUAAGACUCCACAGAAGGUCCAAGAUCCAACAUCUGCUGCUUCUGCCCCUGGUGCUGCUUCUGCCCCCACCACGACGUCCCCUUCUCCUGCUGCCGCAUCUCAGCCUUCCACAUCCAGCAGCGCCGCUCCGGACGCGGGGAGCGGCGGCCGACGGAGCAGUGGGUCGGGGACUCUGGGAGGUCCUGGAGAUGGAGGCCCCAACAGUGCCACGUCAAUCCUUUCUGGCUUUGGUGGCAUCACUGGGCUGGGCAACCUGGGCAUGGGCUCUGCCAACUUCAUGGAGCUCCAGCAGCAGAUGCAGCGACAGCUGAUGUCCAACCCAGAGAUGCUCUCUCAGAUCAUGGAGAACCCCUUGGUGCAAAACAUGAUGUCGAACCCCGAUCUCAUGCGGCAGAUGAUCAUGGCCAACCCACAGAUGCAGCAGCUGAUGGAGCGAAAUCCGGAGAUCAGCCACAUGCUGAACAACCCGGAGCUGAUGAGGCAGACAAUGGAGUUGGCUCGUAACCCCGCCAUGAUGCAGGAGAUGAUGAGGAACCAGGACCGUGCUUUGAGCAACCUCGAGAGCAUUCCAGGAGGGUACAACGCCCUGCGCCGCAUGUACACGGACAUCCAGGAGCCCAUGUUCAGUGCUGCCAGGGAGCAGUUUGGCAACAACCCCUUCUCUUCCUUGACGGGGAACUCUGAGAGCUCCAGCUCUCAGCCUUUGCGGACAGAAAACAGAGAGCCGUUACCAAACCCCUGGAGCCCCAGCCCCCCUGCUUCACAGAGCCAGGCGCCCAGCAGCGAAGGGAGCACUGGCUCAGGAAGCACCCAGAGCACACCGACUGUGUCCAACCCCUUUGGGCUCAAUGCUGCUAGCUUUGGGGCAGGCAUGUUUAACAGCCCGGAGAUGCAAGGUCUCCUGCAGCAGAUUUCAGAGAAUCCUCAGCUGAUGCAGAACAUGAUCUCUGCCCCUUACAUGCGGAGCAUGAUGCAGACCCUUGCCCAGAACCCAGACUUUGCAGCACAGAUCAUGGUAAAUGUUCCUCUCUUUGCUGGGAAUCCACAGCUUCAAGAACAGCUCCGCCUUCAGCUCCCAGUCUUCCUGCAGCAGAUGCAGAACCCAGACUCCCUGUCCAUUCUCACCAACCCCCGCGCCAUGCAGGCGCUCCUCCAGAUCCAGCAGGGACUCCAGACGCUGCAAACGGAGGCCCCAGGACUCGUGCCAAGCCUUGGCUCCUUUGGCAUGCCUCGAAUGCCCCCGUCCUCCACAGGAGGAAGCACAAUCCCGGAGAACCCCGUUCCCUCCGCUUCGACGCCGGCCAGUGCCUCUCCAGCCGGGGGUGGUAACCCCCAACAGCAGCUCAUGCAGCAGAUGAUCCAGCUGCUGGCCGGAGGAAGCUCUCAAGCGCAGAGUCCUGAAGUGCGAUUCCAACAGCAGCUGGAGCAGCUGAAUGCCAUGGGCUUCAUUAACCGUGAGGCCAACCUCCAGGCUCUUAUUGCCACGGGCGGGGACAUCAACGCAGCUAUUGAGAGACUGCUGGGCUCCCAGCCUUCCUAAGCUCCCGUCAGCCGCCCCGCAGAUGUCAGCACACGCAUCCAUUCACAUGCGCAGGGGGAUCUUUCAGGAAAGCCCGCCGUCAUUUUCAUAUCUGACAGCUGUCCAUGUAUUUAAAACAAAAAAGAUACAGCUUAACCCCUGACCUUCCUACUAAGUUAAGAUUUCAUGUUGAAAUGCUCUUUAACUGGCUUGUAUGUGGAUUCCAGUUCUCAUCGUGGCCACAGAGACUUCAGAUGUGUAUUUUUCCUCAAUAUGCCCUCUGUUUCAGACACUCUUCUCUCUCUCUCUAGAUGGUAGAGGCGAUACUCCUAGUUAUUUACCUGAAUGAUUGUGUUUUGAGUAGCUUGAUUUUAACUGUACAUGAUUCCCUCCCUUCGCCCUCCUUUCAGGCAAAUAUUUAAAACUUGAGCCAAGUUUGCUUUCCGGUUCUUUCUCCCGGCAUCUUCUUGGGGAUAAUAGAGCAAAAGAAAAAAUCGCAGCGACUUGGAAAUUUCUGAUGUCGUUUGUCUUAAUAAUUCCAUGGGACGAAUGGGGCCCUCGGCACGCCGGGGGGCUGCCACCUCCUGCUCCAGGGUUGGCCUGCGUGCAAACCACGCCUGAACUGUGGUCUCUUUACGCAGUUGGGAUGGCGUCACCCAGCCCGGCGGCCCUUCAGGGAUGGGGUUUGCUGUCGUGGAAGCCGAGCUGAAGGUGCUGUGCAGAAGAAGGCGUUGCAGAGAGGCGUGCUGCUGCCCCAGCGCUCCGCUCCUCGCGCGGCCGCGUCGGGCGUUCGGUGCUCUUCUGCUCUGCGGGUUCAAUAUCUGUAAAAACAAAAGGAGAUAAGGAAAGAUAAGAUCUCUCCACUGGAAAGCGUCGGUGUCUGUGUGCUUCCCAGCCCGGAGCCAUCCUCAUUUCUCACCCCCCCUCCCUCCCCCUGUUGUGGUGCGUUUGAACCAUGCUGCAUUCCGUGGAGGACCAACAGGGCCGUGCUUUCCCCAGGUCUCCGGGGCCGUGUGGUUUGCAGACCAGGUUUAUCAACGAGAAAACAACAACAAAUAAUAAAUGCGCACAACCAUCCGUCUCA